AUGUCAACAACAAAUAUUGAUCAAUUGAUUGACCCUCUCCUUGGUGAUGAUGCUUCAGUCCAUGGUUCUCUCCCCACCUAUACGCAAGUGAUAACUGACCACCCCGCGGCUACUAAGCAAAAAAGUCUUGUCAAGAAACCCGCCGCAGCCAGCAAGAAAAGAAAAAUCUCCAAACCAAAAGAGGCGGAGCGCACCCCAGCCAGUGAACAUGAUGCAAAAGACGAGGUUCAAAUUGUCAAUUGUGACACGGGUUUCAGAUUCUAUGUGUUGGACCGAUUGAAGAAAGGCAAAAAGACAUGGGUCGUAAUCGCCUCUGAAGAAUCUUUCAACAUUCCGAUCACUGCGAGUCCAAAAGACCAGGCAACCACUUAUGCUGACUUUUUCGCUACACUCUCAGCCCACUGCGAAGCGGUCGAGCCAAACACCGGUCGGAUUGUCUCCGAAUAUGUGGAGAAAAAAAAAGAUGAUAUUGUUUGGACGGUCUUGAUCCCCCGGGUUCCUGGUUUUAUGAAGGGCAAGCCGUUUGUUCUUAAAAACAAGGAGGGCUACAACAAGUGGAUCGAGUCGCUUGAAGAGAACAAGAGUGAUGUGACGAGUUUAUUCCUCAAAAUGAAGAACCCUACUUCGCAGGCGAAGCGAGCACACAACGCUGAGGUCCUAGCUAAGGAAGCAAUCCGUACCAAGACAAAGAGGAUGGUGAUCGAGGCCAAGGAAGCCAAGCGAGCGGAUGACCUGAAGUCGGGCAAGCGCGAUCUUGACGAGGACAACGAUGAUCUUGAUGAUCUCGAUGAUAACGAAGAUACAGAUUGUGAUGCGGUGAAACUGAUGAUACAAUCUAAAAGAGGUGUUUCGCUUCAAUCUCCGCCAAACGAACUACGGUAUGAAAAAGUCUCCGCCAAACGGAACUCGUCCAAGGCAAAUGCUGCAGCAAUUCGAGGCGGAGCUCAAUCAAACUGCGGUGGCUGCUGCAAUUCAUUGCAACACCAGCAUCAAACUCUCGCGCACAAUCCAGUUAGCUCUGACGGUCCUUGUCCUCAACCAGGCCCCAACGCGGGGAUUGAUAAAUAUGUCAAGUUUAUUGGUUUGCGACAACCGGCUAGGAUUUCGGAAAUCCUGGUGGAGAACGAUAUGACCAACUAUAAGACCUUCCGAUCUCAAAACUUGGAUAAAAAUUUGCUAAAAGACAUUGGAUUGACUGUUGGUGUAGUCACUCAGCUUGUUGAUAAUGUCCCUAAGUUUGAAAGGCACCUAGCCAGACAAGAACAACACUGA